AUGCCACUGCCUACCGCAGCGAAGUCAGAUCAUGGCACAGGAAAGAAGGCUGUUUUGCACCUGAAGGGAACUCCUGUAAAAGAUCUACCAUCACCAGCCACUGAAGAGGAAACACCUAAAGUUCGCUUGAUAGCUCGAGUGCCACGUAGCACAUCGGAAGACGAGACGGACACCUCUAAACCAAGGAAAGAUCAUGAAACAUCUGGACUGUUCUCAUUCUGGAAGUCGGGUGGACGAAAACAGCGUGGGGACUCGCAGGAGGGCCCUGAAUAUCAUCCCAGCACUGCAAAAUAUUCCGGUCCAUUGGAGGACGCACCUGCCCCUGUGAGCUAUAAACCAGCGGCGACCAUCACUUCGGAACCAACUCAACACCGCGCGUACUCCUUUGGAAGAUGGCGCCACGAAGGCGAUGAAGAGAUUGUUGAGAAGGACCGAGUUCGGCCUGAAACCUAUGGUAUAGCUUCUACGUCAUACGAAGGCCCUCUCGAAUCCACCACUCGUCAUUCUGAACUGCCAUCGGCGCCGUUGCGUGAUCAUGCGAAGGCAUACCAUCACGGACAAUCCUGGGAUGCGAAGGUAAAAACACCCACUGCUCCGGCAGCCGAAGUCGAUCAUGGCACAGGAAAGAAGGCUGUUUUGCACCUGAAGGGAACUCCUGUAAAAGAUCUACCAUCACCAGCCACUGAAGAGGAAACACCUAAAGUUCGCUUGAUAGCUCGAGUGCCACGUAGCACAUCGGAAGACGAGACGGACACCUCUAAACCAAGGAAAGAUCAUGAAACAUCUGGACUGUUCUCAUUCUGGAAGUCGGGUGGACGAAAACAGCGUGGGGACUCGCAGGAGGGCCCUGAAUAUCAUCCCAGCACUGCAAAAUAUUCCGGUCCAUUAGAGGACGUGAAUCGCCAAAGAGAUAUCGAGCAGAUUCCAUUCAAGGCACCUGCCCCUGUGAGCUAUAAACCAGCGGCGACCAUCACUUCGGAACCAACUCAACACCGCGCGUACUCCUUUGGAAGAUGGCGCCACGAAGGCGAUGAAGAGAUUGUUGAGAAGGACCGAGUUCGGCCUGAAACCUAUGGUAUAGCUUCUACGUCAUACGAAGGCCCUCUCGAAUCCACCACUCGUCAUUCUGAACUGCCAUCGGCGCCGUUGCGUGAUCAUGCGAAGGCAUACCAUCACGGACAAUCCUGGGAUGUGACGAAGGUAAAAACACCCACUGCUCCGGCAGCCGAAGUCGAUCAUGGCACAGGAAAGAAGGCUGUUUUGCACCUGAAGGGAACUCCUGCAAAAGAUCUACCAUCACCAGCCACUGAAGAGGAAACACCUAAAGUUCGCUUGAUAGCUCGAGUGCCACGUAGCACAUCGGAAGACGAGACGGACACCUCUAAACCAAGGAAAGAUCAUGAAACAUCUGGACUGUUCUCAUUCUGGAAGUCGGGUGGACGAAAACAGCGUGGGGACUCGCAGGAGGGCUCUGAAUAUCCUAGCACUGGAAAGUAUUCUGGCCCGUUAGAGGACGUGAAUCGCCAAAGAGAUAUCGAGCAGAUUCCAUUCAAGGCACCUGCCCCUGUGAGCUAUAAACCAGCGGCGACCAUCACUUCGGAACCAACUCAACACCGCGCGUACUCCUUUGGAAGAUGGCGCCACGAAGGCGAUGAAGAGAUUGUUGAGAAGGACCGAGUUCGGCCUGAAACUUAUGGUAUAGCUUCUACGUCAUACGAAGGCCCUCUCGAAUCCACCACUCGUCAUUCUGAACUGCCAUCGGCGCCGUUGCGUGAUCAUGCGAAGGCAUACCAUCACGGACAAUCCUGGGAUGCGAAGGUAAAAACACCCACUGCUCCGGCAGCCGAAGUCGAUCAUGGCACAGGAAAGAAGGCUGUUUUGCACCUGAAGGGAACUCCUGUAAAAGAUCUACCAUCACCAGCCACUGAAGAGGAAACACCUAAAGUUCGCUUGAUAGCUCGAGUGCCACGUAGCACAUCGGAAGACGAGACAGACACCUCUAAACCAAGGAAAGAUCAUGAAACAUCUGGACUGUUCUCAUUCUUUAAAUCGGGUACACGAAAACAGCGUGGGGGCUCUCAAGAAGGUUCCGAUUCUUCUGAUCCCGGGAAACACGGCGGACCAAAGGAAUCAGUCAGGAAUCAAGAGGGAAUCGAGCAAGUUUAUUCUACGUCGUCUUCACAGGAUCAUGAUGCGAAAGUUUCUGCUGGUGGUCCUGAAUCCAUUAGUUCCCGCACAUAUGUUUUUGGACGGUGGCGACAUGAUGCUAAAAGUGAAGGUGAGAAGGAUCCGAAUCAACCAGGAACUUAUGGUGUAUCUUCCGCCUCUUACGAGAAUCCCCAUGAGUCUACGACUAGCCAAUUUCAGGUUAAGGUGACUGGGAGAGUAAGGGGAAGCGAAAGCAUUUCUCAUAAUCUCGUUGAAGAUCAAAAAAACUCGUCUUCCUGGACAUGGGCUCGCUCUUCAGAAGGUGUAAAACCUACUGGAGAUGAAGAAUCUGCUGGAUUACGUUCAGGAAAGGAUCUUCCUCAACGUGACUCAUCUGAAGAAUCAGAACGUUUAAUAGCCGUUGCAAGUAGUCAUACAGGUCGUCUUGAAGGGAGAACAUUGCAAGGAGAUGAAUGGGUGGAAGUUCGUGUAGAUCGACGUGCCGAGGUUCAACUUGAACCCGUGUUUUGCUUGACAGGGGCGGGGUUACGCGAUCUCUCCGAGGACGAAGCUGGGAUGAUCUUCUCUGUUACGCCACCAAUGCCGUCGUCUAGUCGUUCGUUCUUCAGUCGACUCGGUUUCAAG